CUCCUGAGGCUCAACCCUCUGAGACUGGGUAGCUUGCUCGACUGCUGCAUCCCUGUACGUCGGGAGAUGUAUCUCCGCAGGGCUGUGUCCAAGACUCUGGCGCUGCCCCUGAGGGCGCCCCCGGGCCCCGUGCCACUAGGGAAGGAUGCAUCUCUUCGUCGAGUGUCAUCCAGCAAAUUCCCUGGAACAUCUGGGUCCAAUAUGAUUUACUACCUGGUUGUCGGUGUGACAGUCAGCGCUGGUGGAUAUUAUACUUACAAGGCUGUCACAUCAAAGCAAGUCAGACAUACAGAACAUGCAAAGGAUGUGAGAGAGCAAACAAAAGCAGAGUUACAGCCAAUGCCAGGCGAAAAGGAGCAUGUGGCAGGAGCGGGAGAAAUUUCUGUAAAGGAAACUGAAUUGGUAUAUGCUGAGGAAGUCCCAGAGGCGGCAGCUGAACCUCCAGAAGAGUCUCAGGUCUUAGCGGCCUCCAGCGAGGCUGCCCUAGUGGAGACAUCCACUUUGAGAGAGGAGCCUGAGCUGAAGAUCGCCGAGACUUCCCCGGGGGAGACCCCCGAGGGAGUCCCUGAACCCACUACUGAGGAGGAGAGCGCAGCUCCUGAACCCACUGCAGAGGUGGAGAGUGCAGCUCCUGAACCCACUGCGCAGGUGGAGAGCGCAGCUCCUGAACCCACUGCACAGGUGGAGAGUGCAGCUCCUGAACCCACUGUGCAGGUGGAGAACGCGGCUCCGGACCAGGGUGGUACCAGCACAGAGGGUGAGGGUACCGCUGGGAAGCAGAGCUGCGAAGAGAGUGCUGAACUAGAAGAAAGCCCUCCCUCCGAACCCUCUGCCCAGUGUGAUUCACAAGAAGAAACCGAGGUCACAGCAGAAGCAGCCUCACCCCAAGGCUGAUCUGUAAAAUUCCA